UUGUGAGUAAUAUUCCCCACAUCGAAUCUGUAUCAGUCCUGUUCACUGCCAUUUUCAUUUUCUUGUCCUUACUAAAAAUUCAGUUUUUUAAAACUCGGGCUUUUUCCUGCGAAGAUUAAUAAAUUGGCGAUAAUCAAUGGAUCCCCGGGGUGGAUUGGAGAAGUUUCUCGCCUCGGUGCAUGAAACUCUUGAGGCACCAGUUGUUUGGUUUCGAGAAAAAAUUGUUGUCCCUAAUCAACAGCACUAUCCGUGGUAUCAUAGAAAAUUCAAGAGAGUGCCAACGAUUGACGAGUGCUACACUGAUGAUUUAGUCUGCCAUUAUGAAGCUAACUGCCAAUAUGAUAGAGACAAGAUGGUUGACGAUGAGAUUCUGAGUAUUCUAAGAACAAGAUAUGAGGACUGUUGUGCAUACAAUCCUGAGGACAGGAAGGAUGCCUGCGAUCACUUGUACGAUAUUUAUGAAAAAGCAGCUGCUGAGUGGUUUGCACAACAUGGUGAUUUAGGUCCUCACCCGAACGUCCGCGAUGUUUUAAUGAAACAGAAGCAUCGACUGAUCUGGGAGAGAAGGCACGGUGAAGUCGGUACCGGAAUGAAAGGAAACAGGAAGGAACCCGAGAAUAACUAAUUGUAUCAUACGUAGAGUGAUAAUAUUAAACCUGUAGAUAUUUAAACGAUAAAACAAACGAAUGGGGUAUCCUUUCACUCACACUGCAGUGAAUUCUCAAAAUCAUUGGAUUAAUAAACUGUUGUUGUGGCACAAUUGUUUAA